AUGCUUUUUGAAGAGAUUGUGGAACUUAAAAGCCCUCCAAAAGUGAAGAAUUUGCUUUGGCGUGCAGUAUCUGGUUGCCUCCCCACAAAUAUGAAAUUACGUUCUAAGCAUGUUCAUGUUCUGACACUUUUCCCUCAGUGUAAUCAAGGGCCCGAGACGAUAAUACACAACUUGGUAAAUUGCACUUUUGUCCAAGCAUGUUGGUUGAAAGCUGAGAUGGCAGGUGUGGGAACUGCAGAUGGCUCGUUGGUUGGGUGUUUGCAAUCUGUCUUUGUUAGAAUGAAUAAAGAAGAGGUUGAGUUGAUAGCAGUCCUGUGUUGGAAAGUUUGGAAGGUUAGGAAUGAGGUAGUUUGGUGGAAGAAAGGGAGGUCGGUAGAGGAAGUGGUUUUGUUGGCAAGAAUCAGUCUUGAUCAAUGGCAAAAAGCUCAAGUGAGAAGCUAUUUUACAUAUGUGUCUUUUCAAGUUAAUAGUGAGGGUUAA